AUGAGUUACUUCCUGUCUUACUGCAAAGCUCAUGGCGGCGCGCUGCUCACCGGCUAUCAGGCCCUGCGCGCCGAGGGCUUCCUGUGCGACGUGACGCUGGAGGCCGAGGGCAGCGAGUUCCUGGCGCACAGGUCGCUCCUGGCGUGCUCUAGUGACUACUUCAGGGCCCUGUUCAAGAGUCACACCCGGGAGUCGCAGGCGCGCGUGAUCCACCUGCACGUGCCCUCUGCGGCCGGCCUGCAGCGCCUGCUGGAUUUCAUCUACACCGCCUGGCUGCCGCUUUCCAUGGACACCAUGGAGGACACGCUGGAGGCCGCCAGCUACCUGCAGGUCACCGAAGCCCUGGGGCUGUGUGGCCGCUACCUGGAGCGUCAGCUGGCCCCGGACAACUGCUGCUUCGCCGCAAAUGUGGCGGCGCGCUUCGGCUUGGCGCACACGUUGGGCGAGGCCGAGCGCUGCAUCGUGCACCACCUGCGGGAGCUGCUGGCGCGGGGCGCGGGCCCCGCGGGGCUACUGGAGCUCAACCCCGCGUCGCUGAGGGCCGUGCUGGGCGCCUCCGACGUGGCGCGGGUGCCCGAGGCCCAGCUGCUGCGCCUAGCGCUGGCCUGGCUGCGGCGGGAGCCGGCCGCCGAGCGCCAGGCGCAUUGCUCCGCGCUGCUCGAGCGCGUCCGCUUCGGCCUGGUGCCGGUCGAAGUGCUGCGGCGCGUGUACUCGGGCUCCGGGCUCGCGUUGCCCCCUCGGGUCAAGGACCUUAUCAUCCAGGCCCUCAACUACCACAUGGCGCCCUCCCGCCAGCCGCUCAUGCAGGGCGAGCAGACCAGCGUCCGGAGCCCCCAAACCCGCAUCUUGUUGGUCGGGGGGCGCAGGGCGCAGGUGGUGGUGAUGGAGGAGGUAGCGGCCCCUCGGGGGGCAGCUAGGGGUGGUGGUGCCGUGGCGGAGCCCGAGGAGGAGGAGCAGGGGGAAGAGGAGGAGGAAGAGUGGGAGCUGACCCAGGACGUGGUCGCCUUCGACGUGUACAACCACCGCUGGCGCAGUCUCACCCAGCUGCCAGCUCUGCUAGUGGGGCACAGCGUGUGCGCCGUGGGCAACUUUAUGUUCGUGCUGGGCGGGGAGAGCCCUGCGGGCAGCGCUUCCUCUCCCCAUGCCGGCGCCCCGCUGGUGGUCACGGCCCAAGUGCACCGUUACGACCCGCGCUUCCACGCCUGGACGCCGGUGCCCGCCAUGCGCGAGGCACGGGCCCAUUUCUGGUGCGGCGCCGUGGGCGAGGGGCUGCUGGCCGUCGGGGGCCUGGGUGCGGACGGCGAGGCGCUGGCCUCGGUGGAAAUGUACGACCUGCGCCGGGACCGCUGGACAGCGGCCGCGGCGCUGCCGCGGGCGCUGCACGGCCACGCGGGGGCCGUCGGGGACCGGAGCGUCGUGUACAUCUCCGGGGGCAAGGCGGGGAGACGCGAGGGCGGCGUGAGUAGCCUCCAGGACGUGUACGCCCUGUGCCCCGGGGAGCGGGUGUGGAGCAAGAAGGCACCCAUGGGCACGGCCCGCUUCGGGCACCACAUGGCGGCGCUGAGCGGCGCGGUGUUCGCUUUUCUGGGGCGCUACGAGCCCUUCUCUGAGAUCGAGCGCUACGACCCCCGCGCAGACCAGUGGACUCGGCUGCGGCCGCUGCCCUAUGACCGCUUCUGCUAUGGGCUGGCGGUGGUGGAGGAGACGGCGCUGCUGUUGGGUGGGCUCAAGUGGCGGGACUCACGCCAAGUGCCCACCUGCAACGUGGUGGGCUACGACUUGGAUCUGGACCGCUGGGAGGACAUCGGCUGCGCGCUGCCCUGGGCCUGGAGCGGCCUGCAGUGCGCAGUGCUGCAGCUGCCAGAGGGUAUGGAUGAGGAGAGGGAGGAAGAACCCGGAGAGGUACCAGAUUUAGUGAUGGGCUUAAUGAGUUAG